AUGUAUGUUACGGACGAUGACUCGACUCCAUCUGAAUCUGGCUACACAACACCGCCCUUAUCACCAACGAAAACAAUCAGCACAGAAGGCUGGUCGUCGCCCAGGACACCCGGAUCACCACGCAAAAGUCGAAGCUGUCUGCUCUUUCGAAACAUCGACCAUGAGCUUGAGGACUCUUUCCUCACGCCAUCCCCUACAAAGCCGAAGUUCGCAGCUCAACUGGGCCAGCUUUUGAUACCGGAGGUCCUGUCGCCCACCACAUGCAAUCCUAAUUCACCAAUCUUGACGGAUGACUCGCCCAUCAAAAGAAAUGUACCACUUUUCGAUCGUGUUUCUGCACAGCGGUCAUCGAAUCUCGCUGGCUCACUCAAUCGCUCUUUAUCCGCCGCCAUCCAUCACUUGGAACCCGCAACUCCUCUUCGUGUACCUUCGCCCUCCACGAGAGUGCUUUCGGGUAGCAGCAUUCACAAGAAACAGAGGCGGAGUCAGCGUAGCUCUUCUGAAGGCUCAAUAGAUGCGCUUGUCGCCAAAUAUGCAACUCCACCCAUCCCCCCAGGUCAGGUCGGUGCUGAUAUCGAGCGUGACGACACGCAAACUUCCAUUGCGUUCGGUUCACCAACGAAGUUGCUUCAGCAGCCCACUCGAUCUUCGAGCUCUCCUCUACGACCAAGUCAAUGGGUAUCGCGCGGCGGUCUGCUGGCGUCUCCACGCAAGUCGCAAACAAGUACUCCAGAUCGCUUCAUUCACUCCCGUCGUCCACCAGCAGUAACACGCGAGAGCUUCGAGCUAAACAAACCCAACGAACGUGAGCAGAUCUCUCGACAAGGUCAUCGCGCAGGGGGCGAUCCUUUCAGUCGUCGAGUCCGAAGGAGCGAGCGCUUAAACACUGAGCUCCAAGGAUUGAGAGAAGCCCAUACCGUCAUCUCAGGCAGGUCUACAGGAAGUGUGCGAAGUUCAAACUUGAGGCUUCGAAGUAGCUCUUUGGUAACGGCCGCACGACAGAUCAGUGCCGGUGCUGUCUGGAACGUCGGCGGGUCCUCUGCUGUCAGCGACACUGUGGCUGCGGUAUCUACGGGUAAUGGUGGCAUGCUUGGAAGUGGCACGAUUGCCCCUCUCUACACAUCAACUUUCCUCAAUCGAGCUGAUCCCGAAGCCGAACUUGAAGCAUACGAGAGACGCCUUGCACUAGCCCUUGGAGUCGAUCAGACAGAGCGCGUGCUGUGCCAUUCGCCGUUACCAUCUAUUCGCCCAGGCUCGAGACAGCAAAACACACCACCACACAAACCACACAUCUGGAGAGAUGGCGCAUGGGCUCGAGACGUACUCGACGCACCUCAGCUGCGAGACGACUACUACUGCACCUUGCUCGCGCACUCUCAUACCGCUAAGUGUCUUGCCGUGGGCCUCGGAAACUUUGUACAUCUCUGGUCAGAACGAGAUGGUGUCAAGACUCCUGAAGCACUGAACUCUAUUCCCACUAACGUGGCGUCUGAUGCCCAGCACAUCACAUCUCUUGACUUCUCCUCUAAGCAAGGCGGGCAGGCGAUCCUGGCUGUGGGGAGAGCAGAUGGUCGCAUCGUCCUCUGGAGCCCAUUCGACUCCGAGCCACGUUUCGAUGCUACACAGCCGAAGCCAAUAUCCUGUAUAGCCUUUCGACCCACCACCGUGCAGCGUCCAUCACUUCGCGACAGGGCGAUCACUGUAUCCACAGAGGAACUACUCAUUGGGGAUGAAGUUGGACACAUCUACUUCUACAGUGUCGAAUGGCCCUCGGAGACUCAAAGUGCGCUAUUCGGCUGGCAUGGAGCAAUGACUCUGCUCGCCCGCAUGAACAUACACACUCAGCAGAUCUGUGGGCUGGCGUGGUCGGCGGCAGGCGACAUGUUCGCCAGUGGAGGAAACGACAACAACUGCUACCUCUUCGAGACCAAACGCGUGCUUCAAUCGGAUGUCGGGACAACAAAUUCAGCAACCGUCGAGGUCCGUGAAGGCCCCGCAGGUGAGUCUGUCUACACUGUCACCAAUCGUUCAGUGCCGGUCCUACACCUGCCUCACACAGCAGCGAAACACAGAUGGACUCUGAACGCUGCCGUCAAAGCCAUCGCAUUCUGCCCUUGGCAUCGCGGUCUUGUAGCGACGGGUGGAGGCUCGAAUGACCGCUGCAUACACUUCUACCACACACGCUCAGGCACCUGUCUUGCGACCAUCGACUGCGCGGCGCAAGUCACCAGUCUUGUGUGGAGCAAGACCAGACGCGAGAUCGCAGCUACGUUUGGCUUCGCGCAGCCUGACCAUCCGUACCGCAUUGCGGUGUUCGCCUGGCCGAGUUGCGAGCAAGUCGUUGCUGUGCCAUGGUGGGAUGAGAAUCGUGCUUUGUGUGCGGUGGCAUAUCCCGGGGGCCCGAGUGGUACGCCCGACGGUGAUGAGGGGGCGAGCAAUGAGGCGGGAUGUUUGGUUGUUGCGGCGAGUGACAUGGCCAUCAGGUUCCACGAGAUCUGGACGGGUGGACGAGGUACAGCUGGCAAGUCAUUGCUAUUUUCCAAGUCGCAACACAUGUUCAAGAAGUGGUUCAGAUCGUGA